GUUCAUCGUUUAUUGCCUCUUUACUUUAAACAGCCGUGGCUUGUGAUGGGAUGCUGAUCACAGAUUGAGCGCCAUGUUCAUACCCGAAUAUAUUGGUAUUUAAAUGACUUGAACGACUCCGGUUGUUCACCUGCUUCUCGAUAUGUCUGCAGCGAUGCUGAGCACCACUACCAGCAAGCUUAAUGUAUUGGUCAACAAACUGCACGAGUACUUGGCUCAUUCUGCUGUUGAAGACAGCAAUGGCACACCAGCCUCAGAGGAUGCUCAUGAUCUUGUGGUCACAGGUCUGACAAACAGAAGCUGUUCUGUGAGAAACUCAACAGGUCAUGCUGCUGCAGAGGUAGGAGUGGAUAACAAAUACUCAAGGAGAAAACCUUCUGUUGUCACAAAACACUCAGGACUGGAUGAAUCUGGUGACUCAAAUUCGAGUGAGGAUUUGGAUUUACCAGUCAAUGCAAAUGGUCACCUUGAUGUCACUAGAUUGCCAAAAGGCACUGUACUAGUGAGGCCGGAACCUGUUGAUAAUGCAAGAGAUGAUUUUAGGGGACCGGAGUUUCGCAGCCGGAAAUCAGGCGUUCUGCGGAAAGAGUUUUCAAGGAGACGUGGAGGAGUUGAACACACGGGAAUUGUCAGUUGCACUGCAUGUGGCCGGCAAGUUAAUCACUUCCAGAGAGAUUCUUUCUAUCGACAUCCAGUUUUGAAAGUACUUAUUUGCAAGUCCUGCUACAAGUAUUACUCAAGUGAUGACAUCAGUAAGGAUGGAGAUGGAAUGGAUGAGCAAUGCAGAUGGUGCGCUGAAGGGGGCAACUUGAUCUGUUGUGACUUCUGUAGUAAUGCCUUCUGCAAGAAGUGUAUUCUAAGAAAUUUGGGAAGGAAGGAGCUGUCUGGCAUCUUGGAGAGCAAAUGGUACUGCUAUGUGUGUAGCCCAGAGCCCCUUUUUGACCUGGUGAUGGCCUGUGACAGUGUCCUAGAGAACAUGGAGACUCUGUGGCAUCAGCAGCGCAGGAGGAACAGAGUAGAGCCGGAGAAAUCUGAACUUUACACCAUGUUGCCACACUUGCCACAAAACAUUCCUUUGGAUAAAUGGGAUCACACUGGUAUGGAUGGUAAUGUGGUGUUCAACUAUAACACACUGCAGGUAUCCAAGGAUAUUACCAAAAAGGCCAAACAUUUAGUGGACUCUACAAACAUCUUAAACCGAACAUUUGUCAAUUUCAUUCAUUCUGUGACCACAAACAAACGAACACCUGCUGUUCGCAAUCUGUAUCUGAACUCCUUUUUGUCCGUCGUCAAAGGCUUGCGAAGGUCACUUGCAGCUCUCGAGGAUAGCUUAAAGGAAGAAUUCAGUGACUUGGAUGUCUUGAGCUGUUGGGAGAAGUUCCUUAAUGAAGACUUUGAUCUGCAGCCUGUGACCGAAGCAGACACAGAGCUGGAUAUCUCUAAUGAAAGAUGCUUGAGUGACUUGCAGAAAUUGGCAGCUGAACAUUUGGAAGAUGAAGAUUCUGACUCCAAGGGCUUCACAGAUGGGACAAGUGUACAUGACUGCCGCGGGGGAGACGUGCGUUCAGAUUCACAUGAAGCCAGACAGAGGGCACAAAAGAUUGGUCUGAAGCCUUCUGAAAGUGGGAUCAACAUGAUUAAAAAACUAGUGGUAAAGCUUACACCUGUGCCUAUGGAGCAGGAGCCGCCCUCUGAUGCCCCAAAGAUGGAGGAGGACAUCCACAUGAAGGAUGAGAAGUCAGAGGAAAGCGAUGCAUCAGAAGAUGAAGAGACUGGUGUUGUAGCUAACAACAAGCUGAGUAAUGACAACUCUAGUGCGUCUCUACACUUAGAGGAGGAACACGGCAAUAGACGAUCUCCUCGCCUGAAGACGACGCCUUUGCGUCGACCAAGUGAUGUCAAGGCCAAAACGUCUCUUUCAGCAGCAGACAGUGACAGUGACUCUGAUCCUGAGGAGACUCCCAGCACAGUAGCUGCCAAAAACACUGAAGAGAAAAGUCUCAGCAGAGCAAGAGACGACUCCGACUCAGAUGAAGUCCCUGCAGCUCUGCUUGAGCGAGCGGCUAUAUCACAAAGCUCCGAUGAACCACAGAGUGAUGAGGAUGGUGGAAAAGCGUCAACUAAGGUGGCCAAGAAAUGUCUCUUUUGGCUCACUAAGAGCACCCCGAUGUCACCGGAGAAGAUGCGCCGCAAACGCAAGAUGCUGGACCGUUCCCCUGAGUCUGACAGAAGAGGAAAAUCUCGAGGGGGAAGUGGGACAGAUUCCUCUAGUGACGAUCAAAACUCGCAGAAGAAAAUUCAACACAUGAAUGCGCUGAGGUCAAUAGGGAAGCCUCACCUCGUCAAAAGACAGGAUGAAGGUGUGGCUAGAAAGCAGAGUAUGCUACAGGCUGGGAAGUCAAAGACUAAAUCUCGUCAGGAAGCAGUAGAGUCGGCAUCCUCAUCAAGCGAAGAUGACCACGAUGAUGGCUCUGGGAGUGACGGAAGUGAUCAGAAGAUGAAGCCAAUCACUGAAGAGGUGGCCUUACUGGGGGCAGCAGCAUUCCACCAAUCAUCAGGCGAUGAGGAACAAUCUGGGCCCAUGUGGGCAGCAGAAGAAGAUGAUGAUCCAGAAAAUAGAAUCGCUAAGAAAAUGCUAUUGGCCCAAAUCAAAGCCAACUACUCCUCGGGCGACGAUAUCUCUUCAGAGGAGGACACGCAGGAGGAUGACUCUGAGUCGGAGGGUGACAGGGAGGAAAAACAAGGCAAUGAGAAUAAUGGAACAGAUGAAAAGGGGGAAGACUUGGCUUCAGAAUCAUCUGGCUCCACGUCUAAUGGGCCCAGCUCAAGGCACCAUCUUCUCCGCCACAAACUAACCUUAGACGAGGGAACAUCAGGUGACAAGGCCGUGGCAGAGAGUGAAGCAGGAAGGCAGGAGAGCAAGCAAAGAGCCGGAAGCAAACACGUGAGCUCUGAUAGUGAAAGUGAUGGUGACUGUAACGAGUCAGAGCUGGAAGAAGGUGGGAUGAGCGAGGAGCUGAGUCAGUCAGAGGAGGAGUCCACUCAAGACAUACUCAAAAGCUCCACUAAAGUGAAGGAGGCACCCCGUAGUUACGAAAAGAAGAAACAAGUGCCCUGCAUUUGGCUAUCUGACUCCAGCAGUGAGAAGAGCGAUAAAGAGGAUGCAGACGAGGAGAUGAGUGCCAGUAAAGGCACCCCCAAAGGACGCAAAAAGAUCCGCAAAAUCAUUGAAGAUGUGAAUCUCCGUGCUGAGACCCAGGAAGCCCUCAGGGAGGAGGAGGAGAGGUGCAAACGGUUGGCAGAUAGGGAACAACAGAUGGAGGACAGGAGAGAGAUUAUUGUGAUACCGGAUGAGCAGUCUCAAGUUCAGUGUCCAAUCACCACCAAGCUGGUCCUGGAUCAGGACGAGGAGACCAAGGAGCCUCUCGUUCAGGUGCACAGGAACCUGGUGACAAAGCUGAAGCCUCACCAGGUGGACGGUGUUCAGUUUAUCUGGGACAGUUGUUGUGAGUCUGUGAAAAAGGCCAACUCUUCUCCUGGAUCAGGCUGUAUACUGGCACACUGCAUGGGCCUGGGAAAGACUCUGCAGGUGGUAACUUUCCUCCACACGGUGCUGCUAUCAGAGAACCUGAAAUUCAGAACAGCCCUCGUCGUGUGUCCACUUAAUACUAUCCUCAACUGGGUCAACGAGUUCAAGAAAUGGCAAGACAGCAUGAGAAAAGAUAAAGUUCAAGUUACAGAACUGGCGACAAUAAAGCAAUCAGAACGAUUCAGAGCUCUGCAGAGGUGGCAGAGAGAUGGAGGUGUUAUGAUAAUGGGGUAUGAGAUGUACCGCAUCCUGUCGCUAGCCCGGAAAAUCAGUGAUGAGGAGCAGAAGAAAGAGCUGAAGAGCAUUCUGGUGGAUCCAGGUCCAGACUUUGUGGUUUGUGACGAAGGGCACAUCCUGCGCAAUGACGCAUCCAAUAUCUCCAAAGCUAUGAAUGCCAUCAAGACCCGAAGAAGAGUGGUGCUAACUGGCACACCACUACAAAACAACCUGGAAGAGUAUCACUGCAUGGUCAAUUUCAUCAAGAAGAAUCUUCUGGGCUCACUGGGCGAGUUUCGAAACCGUUUUAUCAACCCGAUACAGAACGGCCAGUGUGCUGACUCCACACCAAAAGACGUCCGGAUAAUGAAGAAGCGAGCGCAUGUACUUUAUGCAAUGUUGGCUGGUUGUGUGCAGAGGAGAGAUUACUCAGAGCUGACUCAGUUUCUGCCUUCCAAACAUGAGUAUGUGCUGGCAGUGAGGAUUUCCCCACUUCAGUAUCAGCUGUACCGCUACUACCUUGACCAUUUCACUGGUGUUGGUUCCAUGCCCAACAGAGCAAAGACGAGGACUGGAGCAAACCUGUUCAAGGACUUUCAGGUGCUCGGCCGAAUUUGGACUCAUCCCUGGUGCCUUCAGCUCAACUACAUCAGCAAGGAGAACAAGGGACAUUUUGAAAAGAAGAAACAAGUUAAAGCGGCAGCUCUGCUGAGAAAUGAAGAAACCAUUGUGGUUGAGAGUGGUCUGAGAGAGAACGAAGGGAAUAACGAUGACGGCAGGGCAGCGGGCAUUGUUGAUGUGUCCAACGGCGCUCCAGCAGUAGAAGGAGAGACGGCAACCAUCAGCUCAAGGCCUCAGAGUCAAGAUGAGGGCUGGUUCAGGAAUCUGCUGUCAGAAAAAGACGCUAAAAUCCUGGAGCACUCAGGGAAGAUGGUGCUCUUAUUUGAGAUCCUCAGAAUGGCUGAAGACCUGAACGAGAAAGUGCUUGUGUUCAGUCAGUCCUUGAUCACAUUAGACCUCAUUGAGGACUUCCUUGUGGCUUCUCACCAAGCCAGAGACCCAUCAUUAUUCAAAGUGGGCAGCUGGAUUAAAAACAUUGAUUACUAUCGGCUUGAUGGUUCCACCAGUGCUACGUUAAGGAAGAAAUGGGCAGAUCUGUUCAAUAAUACUGACAAUUUUCGCGGCAGAUUGUUUCUCAUCUCAACGAGAGCAGGCUCACUUGGCAUCAACCUCGUCGCUGCCAACAGGGUCAUUAUUUUUGACGCCUCAUGGAAUCCCUCAUAUGACGUACAGAGCAUAUACAGGGUGUACCGCUUUGGUCAGUUCAAACAAGUGUUCGUGUACCGCUUCUUGGCUCAGGGCACCAUGGAGGAGAAGAUCUAUGAUCGUCAGGUGACCAAGCAGUCUUUGUCCUAUCGAGUGGUAGAUCAGCAACAGAUUGAGAGGCACUUCACCCUUUUUGAACUGACUGAACUUUACACAUUUGAGCCAGACCUGCUGGACGACCCAAACUCUAAGAAAAGCAGAAGAACCACCUCGGUUUUGCCGAAGGAUACAGUCCUGGCACAGCUGUUACAAACAUGUAAAGACCAGAUAGUGUCUUUCCACGAGCAUGAAUCGCUGCUGGACCAUAAACAAGAAGAGGAGCUCAGUGAGGCAGAACGCAAAGCUGCCUGGGCCGAGUACGAGGCCGAGUCAAACACGGCCAACCUACCAGUUAGCUCAACCCAGGACACCUUGGAUAUGAAGACCAAUGAACAGCUACUGGAAUUGCUUAACAGGAGCAGAGGAAAUGUGUCUGUGGCCUUCCUGUCGCUGCAGAGGAUGAGGUCUCACACUAGCGAGGACUACUUGCUGCGAGUGCGGCAGCAGUAUCCUCAGCUGCCUGAGGCUGAGGUUAAGAUCAAAGCUGAGAUUUGGAGACUGUGUGAUGAGAGGGAGCAGGAACGUAGACGGGCCUUUUAUCGAGACGUUCUUGCUCAGCAACAAUCACUCACACUCAGCAUCCAGGCCAUACUGAACACUCGAAGAAAUCAAGGGAUGCAGAUGACCGUGACGGCUGUGAACACGCCCGGACAAACUUGAACAACAAAUUCACGUUUUAGUGAGAAAAGAAACAAAUGCCUUUGUUCUUCAUCACAGAGAAACCUUAUUUUAUAUGCUCUACAAGUGAAUUGAAUGUAUGUUUUACCAGUAUGGAAAUAGUGCACUGGGCUCCCAUAGCAUCAGAACCAGCCUUAGGAUCCAUUAUAGCAAUGAUCAGAUGCACUGCCAGUUUUGUUUUGUAACACUUUCGGCACUUUAAAUAAUAAAACAAACGCUUAUAAAAAAAGUCCGUUAGGAAUAUGUUUUGUCUUGUGAUGGAGUCCUGUAGGUAUUAUGCAGUGAAAGACAAUGAAUUUCUAAUGUUUUGCAAAGGAAAUUUAUUUCUCGUCUUUUCAAGAAUGUCACCCUCUGAAAUUGUAUGCACAUUUUGUGAAUAUGUGCAGCUUGCUACAGUGUCAGUGAAUGUGUGCUGCAUCUUUCUUCAUGACAUAAACAUAAGGUGUUCAACAGUG